AUGGAGCUUUCCCCUACGCCACAGGGAGAACAAGGUCCCUUUCGUGAUCUGUUGGAAAAUGAACUCCCCUCCUCCGAUUGCUGUCAACUUUAUAGGGCCAUAAAUCAAUUGUGGCAGAAACUGUCUACAUCGACCCAGCCACCUUUGCUCAGUGCUCCUCAUGGAUCACUGAGGGACAGACACAGCAAAGAAGAAGACAAGGCUAUGAGACAAAAAGGCAAAGCCCUAGAGGUGUUGGAUGUAUGGACUGGAUUAAUUAGAGCCACAGUGAUGAGUGGAAACAUAUUUUCUCUGGAUGGCGAGGAAGCUCAGUGUAUUGGCAUUCCUUCUGUUCAUGUUCUUCCUAAUUGUAUUGGCCGUGGAUAUCCUCUUGCUGCUGCUUCUGUUGGAGAAACCGUCAGGCUGGACACGAGCAUUGGGCCCCUCCAGUUCGCCGAGCAGUACUUGCAGCUGUCUUUCCGACUGCCCAGUGCCAACGUGUAUGGGCUGGGAGAACACGUGCACCAGCAGUACCGCCACAACAUGUCCUGGAAGACCUGGCCCAUCUUCACCCGGGACGCCAGCCCCACCGAGGAUGUCUGCAGAUGGCAGUAUAAGUGCUGCUGGAAGCCUGAGGCAGAUGCUGACAUCCCUCAGUGCUUCUUCCCCAGCAACUGGGGCUAUGAAGUCAGCAAUGGCCCGACAGAUACAAGCACAGGGCUUACCGCCCAGUUGAAAAAAUUGCCAUCUCCAUCUCUGUUUGGAAAUGAUGUCACCAACACCCUCUUCACAGCUGAAUUUCAGACAUCCAAUCGGUUGCAUUUUAAGAUCACGGAUUUGAAUAACAUGCGCUAUGAAGUCCCCCAUGAAAAUGUGAAGCUGGUUGUUGGACGACCAUUCUUGCCUUCCUACUGGAGUCUUGGGUUCCAGCUCAGUCGCAGGGACUAUGGUGGCAUCAGUGGAUUGAGAGAGGUUGUAAACCGCAAUCGUUUAGCUGAGAUCCCAUAUGAAAUGGAUGAAGUAUCUAGCUUCCUCCAAAGUUCUGAUCAGGAGUGUGAAUCAAACAGCUUGAACUUUCCUCCUUUUACUCCCAGUGUUCUAGACCACUUGCUUUUUUCAAGAACCCUCUGCAUGGACACAGAGUUCCACUGGGGUCUUCACUAUGAUGUCCACAGCUUAUAUGGAUACACCAUGGCAAGAGCCACAGACUCGGCCAUGGAGAAUAUCUUUGUCAAUAAGAGGAGCUUCAUCUUAUCUCGUUCUACUUUUGCUGGAUCUGGAAAAUUUGCUGCUCAUUGGUUGGGAGACAACGCAGCCACAUGGGAUGACCUUCGAUGGUCCAUCCCCAGUAUCCUUGAGUUCAACCUGUUUGGCAUCCCCAUGGUAGGUGCCAACAUCUGCGGUUAUACAAAAAAUGUCACAGAGGAGCUCUGCAGAAGGUGGAUGCAGCUUGGAGCAUUUUAUCCACUAUCAAGGAAUCACAAUGGGCCUGGGUUUAGGGACCAGGAUCCCGCUGCCUUUGGUGCUGAUUCGCUGCUGUUGAAUUCCUCCAGAUACUAUCUGAACAUCCGCUACACCCUGCUGCCCUAUCUGUACACCCUCUUCUACCGUGCUCACACCCGGGGGGAGACUGUAGCAAGGCCCCUUGUCCAUGAGUUCUACCAGGACCCAGCCACAUGGGAGGUGCACGAGCAGUUCUUAUGGGGGCCUGGACUCCUCAUCACACCUGUUUUAUAUGAAGGUAUGGACCAAGCGAAAGCAUACAUACCGGACGCCACCUGGUAUGACUACGACACAGGAGUGGCCAUCCCAUGGAGGAAACAAUGGGUGGACAUGCUACUCCCAGGUGAUAGGAUAGGACUUCACCUUCGAGGAGGCUACAUAUUUCCCACCCAGCAGCCAAACGUAACCACAGAGGCUAGCCGGAAGAAUUCCCUGGGACUCAUUAUCGCCUUGGACUAUAAGAGAGAAGCCCAGGGGGAGCUGUACUGGGAUGAUGGUGUAUCUAAAG